AUGUUUCCUAUUCAUCUUACUAUUAAUAACAUUCGCAUCCCUCAAUGCAGUCAACAUGGAGGUCUGGAGUAUAUCAGAGAAAACAAUCUUGGAAUGAGAUCUGCAGUUCAAAUGCCUAGAAGUGGUGAAUUUAAUGUUCGUCUGAAGAUGGCGUUCAUGAUGAAGAAGAAGAAAUAUAAAUUUCAAGUCGAAAUUUGUGUAGAAGAGUUGACUGCUGUUCCAUUUGUAAAUGCUGUACUCUUUGCAAAAGUAAGAUUGCUGGAUGGAGGGAGUUUUAGCGAGACAUCAAGUCGGGAGUGGGUGCAGGAGCACGCGGUGCGGUGGGGCGCGCACUUCCAGUUCGUGUGCAAGAUGUCCGCCAACGCCAGCACGGGCGUGCUGGACCCCUGCAUCCUGCGGGUGUCCGUUCGCAAGGAGUUGAAAGGUGGUCGGUCGUUCCAGAAGCUGGGCUUCACAGAUCUGAAUCUGGCCGAAUUCGCUGGUGCAGGCAGGACGACUCGUCGAUGUCUCCUGGAAGGCUACGACACCCGACAUCGCCAAGAUAAUUCGAUGUUGCGACUCGCCAUAGGGAUGAAUAUGCUGUCAGGAGACAUCCUGUUUAAAGUUCCUUCUCCAUCGCUGAAGCACAAGACAGUUGCACCAGCCUCAGACGAAACAACGGAGCGUAGAGAUGACUUCUCGAGUGGUUCGCUGGCUGGUUCGAUAGCAAGUGGAAGUUCCGGAUUUGGUUCACUACCAAAGAAGCGCCCUCCUCUCUUUUCCUCAGAUCUUGUGUCUGGCCCUGGACUUGGACUUACGGACACAGGGGAGUUGGCCACCACAAGUGGAAAUGUAGUUGUUGGUUUGGCAAUUGAAGGUCACCAACCUGGUUUGGGGACGGAUGGUGAUGAAGCUCAUGAACUUGGUCAUAGUCGUAACUCCAGCAAUACCAGUCAGAUGAGUCGAGCAUCAGGAUAUAGCUCACUGAAUAGCCAAUCGCAGCACAGCAGGCAAAGUUCAUCUGGAGAUUCAGGACAUAUACGGUCCCCAUCGUGGCCAGUGUGGGCUCCACGGCUGUUGCCCUUGCCUUCCUCAGCCUCUCCCUCGCCCGUCACUCGCCACCGCAGCCAGGGUCCCUCGGCAACACCCGUUUCGACAGCAGCUUCCACACGCCCCCCUGCAGGGAUGCUCUUGUCUCCUACAGCCUGCGCGUUGCGUUGCCUCCCUCCUUGGGCCUCCCCUCGAGCCGCGCCCCGUGCCUUUUCCUCCCCUGGCAUGCUCAGCCCAGCCGUUGCCAGUUCAUCGCCCAUCCAUGCCGAGGCCUAUAUCAGCUGUCAUGACACGAGAAGGAACCCAAGUUCUGGUUCUGGUUUAAGUGAAACAGGCUCAUUAGAUCGAGCCAAAGCAGCAUUGGAGCGACGGAAAAAAGCCGUUGGUGGGGAUGAUGGAACAACAGGAGGAGGUGGUCGCGUAGAAGUAACUCGACCUAAUCCUGACAGUCUGAUAGAUGAACUUCUUCGUGCUACCAAUUUAGAACAGCCUGAUGAUUUAGCAGAAACUUCCGGCCUAAAAUUAUUUAUUGCCAAAGAUGGCACUACUACGUUAGGAAGUCAUGAAGUGAAGAGUCAGUUAGGUGCAGGUCUACUGAAGCAAGUGGUCAUGGAUUCAGAUAACAGAAGUGACUCAGAUAAUGAGGGUGUUUACAAUAAGAAUGAGCCAAUUGAGCAGUUUGUGUUAGCUUAA